AUNCAUCAACUAAGUGAUAUUGUCCAGAUUUACCAUCGAAUGGCAAUAGAAAGUAUUAACGGUUUUAACUUGGAAAUGAAAUAAAAAGGCUAAUGAGUCCAUUGGAUUCAGCAUUUCAGAGUUUCCGCAUAAACUGUUGUCAUUCGAGAAACAUCAUUAACAUCAGUGCGGUUGUAGGCAUAACACAAGACAUAGACACAAUUGUUUAUUUAAUUCUUAUUUACUAAUUUUCUUUCAGUACGUUCCUGUCCUUCUCUAAGUGCGCCUCAGUAUGGUUUCAUUUACCCACACAUGUGUACGUUUUCCCCAGUCAGCAGAACUGUCUGCUAUUUUGAAUGCAGACGUGGUUUCCUUGGGAACGGUGGAACUACCGAGAUUCUUUGUGGGAAUGAUGGAAACUGGAACAAAAAUGAAUCUUCAAUUUUGCAAUGCCUUGAUCUUACCCCACCAGUGUUCAUCAGUUGUCCUUCAGAUAUUCGCGCAAGCAUCAAUAUAAAUUCUACAGCAUUGGUUAAUUGGACCGAGCCUGUCGCUCUGGACAACAGCGAUCUGGCACCACAAGUAACCGUUUUUCCAGCAGGAAUCAGCCCACCACACAACUUUAACAAAACUACUCUUGUUGUCUACACUGCAAGAGAUUCAAGUGGGAAAGAGGAAGAGUGCUCGUUUAAAGUGGUGUUGGAAGAUAAUGAAGGCCCCCAGGUUGUAUAUUGUCCCCCAGACCAGGAAAUUACUGCUACGCAGAUGACAACAAUAGUGACGUGGAACGAACCUCAGUUUAAAGACAACAGCGAUAGUCCAUUGGUAAUCACAUGCAGUCAUCAAAGCGGGACUGAGUUUUACUGGGGGACAUGGAAUGUACAUUGUACAGCCUACGAUGAUAAUCCAGAUAACGACCCAGCUGUUUGCCAGUUUACAAUCACGGUUAAGCCGACAGAGUGCAGUGACCUGCCUCCUCCUAAAGAAGGCGCAAAGGCUUGUGACGAUUGGAUGUUUGGAUCGUUCUGUUCCCCUUUUUGUAACAACAAGUCAGACUUUGCUCAGCCUUUGCUUUCGCCUAUGUGGGUUUGUGGAGCAUCAGGAACUUGGAACCCAACCAAUCGUUUUCCAGACUGCACAAAAGUAUACCACCCCAACGAUGUCAGGAUGGCAAUUGAUUUGCACUACUACUAUGGUGACUGUGCCACACCAGAAGCCCAGGCGCAAAUAAAGCAGAACUUCAUCCAACUGUUAAACGAGUCUUUCUUCAAAGAGGUCUGUCAGGAUCCAGCACUUAAAGACAAGUGCAAGGCAGAAAAUGUGAAAGUCACAUGCUCUGCGGUAGAUUUUGUUAUUAACAGGAGAAAACGUUCAGCAGACGAUGUCAGUCGCCACACCCAAACUCAACGAUCAAUUCCAAGAGCCACUUAUUUUCUGGAUAUCGUUGGCGACGUCGGUCAUCACAGCCGAACUCGACGAUCAAUUCCACGAACCACAAUUACUCUAGAUGUAAUUGUGGACCUUGAUGGUAUUGAAGCAAAUGACACCAAAGAAGGCGAGAUAACGAUUGGCGAGGAAGGCAUGAAAAUUGCAAAAGACAUCAGUAGCCGGAUAAAAGCUGCAGUUGACAACGGCAAUCUCAGUCUGACCAUCAAUGGCACUAAGUUCGAAGCUGAUAAAGAUUCAUUCAACAUCUCAGAGCCUAAAGAAUUUUGUACAAAGGGACAAACAUUUAAAGAAGGAUAUUGCCUAAACUGCACACUGGGGACUUACUUAAACAGUGCUACCGGAAAGUGCGAGGACUGUCCUAUCGGAUCAUACCAAGAGCUCAGUGCACAGGAGGAGUGUUUGAUGUGUCCACCGGGUACUUCAACAACUGAAUCCAGAACAGAGAAUAGCUCCAACUGCUUAGCUCUCUGCAAACGUGGCUCUUACUCACCCACCGGAAUGGAGCCUUGUUUUCUUUGCGAAAAGGGUCAUUAUCAAACCAUGGAGGGCCAAAGCUCAUGCUUAGAAUGCAGUCGGAACAAGACAACUUCCGCCAAGGGAUCCAACAGCUCUAUGCAAUGUGGAGCACCGUGCGCGGCUGGAUCUUUUUCUUCAACCGGACUGGCUCCAUGUUCUUUGUGCGAUCGACGCUCUUUUCAGCCACGUAAUGAGAGUACUGUGUGUUAUUCAUGCCCGGGAACAACUAUAACACUAAAACCCGGAUCAAAGAACCCAGAAGAUUGCAUAGAAAUUGACGAGUGCGAUUCCAACCCUUGCAUCAACAACUCCACGUGCACCGACCUCAUCGGCGAUUUCCUGUGCUCCUGUCAAUCUGGUUACACUGGGAAACAGUGUGAUUCUGAUAUUGAUGAUUGUACAGAUCAGCCAUGCUUUAACAGUGGCACAUGUCAAGACCUGCUCAACAACUACACCUGCUCCUGUGCACAAGGUUUCCGAGGCUUCAACUGCGAGGAGGAUAUAGAUGAGUGUGUUUCAUGGCCGUGUGCUAACAAUGCCUCGUGCGAAAAUCUCCCUGGUGGUUACCAGUGCCAGUGUGAACCUGGUUACACGGGAAGUCUGUGUGAUACGGAAAUUGAUGAAUGUCUGUUAUCUCCGUGUCAAAAUGGAGCUACUUGCAGGGACAAAAUAAACAACUACGAGUGUCUCUGUCCAGUGGGAUUCCAAGGCAACGACUGCGAAGAAAAUAUCGAUGACUGCGCGAGUGACCCCUGUCAGAACGGGGCCAACUGCCGUGAUAAAAUUGACAGUUACCAAUGCAUUUGUCUUGCAGGUUUUAACGGAUCCCAUUGUGAGCACAAUAUUGACGAAUGCGCUGGCGCAGAUUGCGAAAACAACGGUACAUGUUUGGAUCAAGUUAAUGGGUUUUAUUGUAUCUGCGAGUCUGGAUUCUCCGGGUCAGCCUGCGAGUUCAACAUCGAUGAAUGUAUUUCCAACCCAUGUCAAAAUCAAGCCAGCUGCGUGGAUAUGGUUAAUGGCUAUCGCUGUGACUGUCGCGAUGGCUUUGAUGGACUGCACUGUGAAAACAACAUAGAUGACUGUGCAUCGAGUCCUUGCUCAAACAAUGGGUCGUGUCACGACGGGGUGAACAACUUUACCUGCGUGUGCCCGCAGGGUGUCACUGGUAAACUCUGCGAUGUGGACAUCGACUACUGCGCCUCGAUGCCUUGCUUGAACAAUGGAACAUGCUCUGAUGGCAUUACUUCCUUCACUUGCCAGUGUCCAGAUGGUUUUAAAGGAAAUCAGUGUCAGAUCAAUAUUGACGACUGUAAAAAUAUCACUUGCUUAAACAAUGGCACUUGCAUUGACGGCAUAGAUGAGUAUAAGUGCACUUGUGUUGACGGGUUUGCAGGUAUCAGCUGCGAAAUAAACAUAGACGACUGUGGGCAGAAUCCAUGUAUAAACGAUGGAACUUGUGAUGAUCUGAUAAAUGACUAUCGUUGUACCUGCAAGAAGGGUUAUACAGGAAAAAACUGUAGCACUGACAUCGAUGAGUGUUCCAGCUCUCCAUGCUACAAUAAUGCUACUUGUAUCGACAAAGUGGACAGCUACACUUGUUCCUGUGUUGAUGGAUUUAGCGGACCACACUGUGAAGUUGACAUCGAUGACUGUGUGGUAAAUUCUUGUGGUAAUGGAUCCACGUGUAGGGACGGAAUAAACAGCUACACUUGCGACUGUGCGCCAGGAUUUCUGGGCGAUGAUUGUGCAGUGGAAAUUGAUGAGUGCGCGUCUUUCCCUUGUUUCUAUGGUGGGACAUGCCAUGAUCAGAUUAAUGGCUUCGUUUGUGUCUGCCCCGAUGGAUUUACAGGUUUGCAGUGCCAAGAAAACAUUGACGACUGCAAAUCCAAUCCGUGUGAAAAUGAUGGCGUGUGCUCAGAUCUGGUUUCAAAUUACACCUGUUCUUGUCAGCUGGGUUUCAACGGCUAUAACUGUGAAAACCGUAUUGACUACUGCAGAACAGCCAACUGCAGCCAGCAUGGCAUCUGUGUUAACUCUCGCACUGAUUUUCACUGCAACUGCAGAAGUGGAUACUUCGGUAAAUACUGCGAGCUUGAAAUAGACGAGUGUUCGGCAAGGCCUUGUUUCAACAACGCAACUUGCCAUGAUGCCGUCAAUAAUUUUACUUGCUCCUGCGCUGACGGGUAUACAGGCAGGUUAUGCGAGAACAAUAUUGACGACUGUGUUAAUAAUAGCUGCCAGAACAAUGCUACUUGCGUCGACCAUACUCUAGGUUACUCCUGUCGGUGCUCGGAAGGCUACAAUGGAACAUACUGUGAAAUGGAGAUCGACGAAUGUGCAUCAAACCCCUGCGAUAACAAUGGAUCUUGCGUCGAUCUGACACCGGGAUAUAAAUGCAGUUGCCCAGAUCAGUUUAUUGGUGUAGACUGCGAAAACCCUAAAGACUUCUGCCUGUCAACACCUUGCCAAAAUGGAGGAACGUGCAACUCUGAUAACUCUACAUGGAGCUUCACUUGUUCGUGCAAACCUGGCUUCACUGGAGCCACAUGUGAAGAAAACAUUGAUGACUGUGUCUCGGGUCCUUGCAUGCUAAACUCUUAUUGCCAGGAUCUGGAGAAUGAUUACAGUUGUGAGUGCUACCCUUCAUACUCUGGAGACUCCUGCAACAUAUUUCUUGGCAGCAAUUUCGAUCUUAUCUUUAAACGCAAGACCGCAGACGACAUGGUGUUACUAUCAGACGGCAAAAGUAUUCCAAACAUGAGAUAUUUCACCAUCGCUAUGUUUGUGCGAGCAAAUUCUACAUACAAGUCAGGCACACUGUUUAGCUAUAGCGUUGCUGGGCAACCAGACUCAGAUGACAUCAUUGUACUCUCCUUUACUGAGUCUCAAGUUCAUCUGGAGAUUAAAGAUGAAGUAGUUAGAGCCAAUUACAAGUUAGCAGAUGAUCACUGGCAUUAUUUGGGGGUUGUGUGGAACGGCCUCACUGGAAAUGUUUCCGUGUACAUUGACAGAGAGGAAAUAGAGAAAGUGAGUAAUGUCAAAAUCGGAGAAACUAUCACAGGAGGUGGAUGGAUUGUCCUCGGUCAGCGUUAUCUCGCAGAAGAACAGACGACAUCCCUUUCGACAGCAUUCCGUGGCACGUUACAUCAAGUGAGCGUUUGGGAUAUUCCAGCAACUGCCAACCACAUGUGGAACGCGGCCCAGAACUGCACUUGGCCCAUUCCGGGAAAUGUGCGAUCAUGGAGCAGCUUUCUGCCAGGAAUCAAAGGACAAGUGGAAAAGAGAUUCAUGACGCAAUGCAAAGCUGCAGCUUUGGACAUGUGCACAACUAACUGCUCGCACUUCCUUCACUGCGAGUCUCGCCAGGGACUUUAUCAAUGCAAAUGCCAAGCCGGAUUCUCAGGUCCUCACUGUGACAUCAAUAUCGACGAGUGCAGCUCAAAUCCCUGUAUUAAUGGGAAGUGUGUAGAUGGUGUCAACCGAUAUGACUGCGAGUGCAACAAAGGUUAUUGGGGAACCAACUGUGAGAAGGAGAUCAUCAACGAAAAAGAGUGUCCCGAAUUAAAUAAGCCCAGGAAUGGAGAUAUAUCUUGUCGAAAGGUUUCUGGUAAACUGCUGUGUACCUUGUCCUGCGACGAAGGCUACUCGUUCAAUGCCGAGGCGGUGACUGUGUAUGGAUGUGGUCCUGAUACAAACUGGCAAUGGAAUGACAUGGAAGAGCUAGUAUUACCAAAGUGUUCAAGCAAGGUUGCCCCUGAGGAGAUAGAACAUCGCUUCUCGAUUAAAUUUCCAGGUAUGCAAUGCAACAUCAUCCAAAGUCGCGAAAAGCUGCAUUCAGCAGUGGAGAGGGAAAUACAAGCCACGCUUUCCACAGUGCAAGGAUGGAAACUGAAAGACGUGGAAACUCCCGAAUGCGAGGCGUCAGCCGAUGAAAGGAAGAGAACAGCAGUGGAUCUUCCGUUGAAAGUUCUCUUCUCGCUGGUCGUAAACUCGUCAGGAGAUGAUGUCGAAGAGAAGAGUGAAGCAGUCUUAUUUCAGAUGCAAUACGCUGUUGCCACAGGACAAUUUCAGAUAAGUUUGAGUGGAAUGAAGAGUACGGCGAAUAAAUCGUCAUUGCAGCAUCUCUUCACCAAUGUCACUUGUGCUGCUGGAUUCCUUAUGAGUGGCGAUCGAAAGGGAUGUGUGGCUUGUCCCGUUGGAACAUCGUACGAUCCAAAGAGUUUGAGGUGUGCACUGUGUGGUAAAGGUUCUUACCAAGACAAUGAAGGACAGACCAGUUGUAUAGAAUGCAAUGAAGGGAAGACGACCGAUAGCUUGGGAGCCGCUUCCAGUGAGGAAUGUGUCAAAGGUGUUUUGUCCGACAAAGUCCCGUCAGAAGGAAAGGAUAUCACUGUCUAUAUUGCAGUAUCUUUGGUCGCAGUGAUUGCAAUAAUGAUAGGCAUUUUUGUUGUUUACUGCAGGUACCACCGUUCUUGUUGCUUUGCAAACAACAAGGUUGGUCAAAGCGACUCAAGCCUGGAUAGAUAUCAUCUCCCAAUGGUAAACAGAGAAGCUUCCCAACUGAAGAACACAGAGAGCGGCGACCUUAAACGAUCAGUGCAUUCGGAUAUGCCAAAGAAGAGGCUGAACAAUUUCACAAACGUUAAUGCUCUUGCUGGUGACAAACUUAAUAAUGCUGAUGUGACAUCGACCGCUAUCAAAGCAAAAGAUAAUAAAUUAUAUCCGACAGACAAAAACCUUUUCGCCCAAUCAAAGGUAUAAGGUGAUUUGCUCAGUAACCGAAACUUGUCGUCAGGAGACCAUAACCAAAAACGUGUUAACUGCUUGCGUUAUUUUUUAGAAACAUUUUUUUUUUGUUACCUUUCACGUUAAAUAGUAUCGUUAAAUAGUGCACUCAGCUUAGUUUUAACGUAUUCGUUUGAAAUUAGAGACUGAAAGAUCAGAGUGACUGGUAAUGCUCGAGGUCUGUUUUUUGAUAUAAGUAGGAAUUAAGCCAUGUAGAUCGUGAUAAACAGUUGGAUUAUUCGUGUAAUUAAAUCGUUUUCACUUUUCUAAGUAGAAAACCUUUAAAUUACUGAUAAAUUGUGUUGAUUUGCUAGAUAACCAAACUUUUGGAAAGGAGACCAUAACCUGGGGCGUGUUUACAGCUUGCAACAUUUUUAGAAUCGGCGGUAAUUUAACCUGCUGCGGAUCAUUUUUCCCAGUCUAGGUUCCAGACCUCUAUUAUUUACAAUAUAAAUAGUUUUCAACAAUUUGUAACCUUCACUAGCAUACAAAACGUCACCUUUAGUAAUAAAAUGCGUUGGAAGACAAUAUCCAUCACCGCUGUUUGUAGUAUAUUCUAAAACAAGCUACGAUGGCCUAAGAACAAGAGUAUAUAUGAUGACUGAAACCCUUGAAAUAAAUUUCAAAAAACCGUUACAUAAAACUGGCGUCUCGAGAGCAGAGAUUCCAAUACAUACUUAACUUAUUCUCACCUAAUUUGCUGGUUUAGAGGACAAGUUAUGGAUAUUUUUUCUGCCCUCUAGAAACAGGGAAGGAAGGUAUACUUUUUUAUGUUCUAGAUUUUAGAUUCCCACGUCGGGUCAGUACAACUUUACUAUUGAACGGCGAUAUAUGGGUUAUUCACCAAGUGUGAGGUCAAGAUGACUGGAUAUUGACCAAGUUUAUAGAUAUUGGC